GGGGCGGCCCGGGCCGGCGCGGCGAGCGGCUCGGCGGAUGGAGAGUCUGGCCGCGGCCGGCGGCGCCGCCUCCUCGUCGGGCCGGGCACGGCGGGCCGGGGCCUUUGUGUGAGGCGGCGGCGGCGAUGGUGCUCGGGCCCCGUGGAGCCGGAUUGACCUUGCUGAUAGAGGCAACUUCCUAGGAGCUGCUAAAAUGGGUAUGAGAAUCAAACUGCAAAGCACCAACCACCCCAACAACCUGCUGAAGGAACUCAACAAGUGCCGGCUGUCAGAAACCAUGUGUGAUGUCACUAUCGUGGUGGGCAGCCGCUCCUUUCCUGCACACAAGGCCGUGCUGGCCUGCGCAGCCGGCUACUUUCAGAACCUCUUCUUGAAUACCGGGCUUGAUGCCGCCCGCACCUACGUGGUGGACUUCAUCACGCCUGCCAACUUUGAGAAGAUUCUGAGCUUCGUCUACACCUCAGAGCUUUUCACAGACCUGAUCAACGUGGGGGUCAUCUAUGAGGUCGCCGAGCGCCUGGGUAUGGAGGACCUACUUCGGGCUUGCCACUCUACAUUUCCCGAUCUAGAGAGCACCGCAGUAGCUAAGUCCUUGUCCAGUGAUAGCCAGUCUGGUACCCUGAGGUGCCCUUCGGUGGAUCCCACUCACUCCCUUGGGGAGCUCCGGGGGAGCGGGGAACAUUUCGGCCCGGAGAGAAACUAUGUGUUGCCUACUGAUGCUGGCGGGAACUAUAAAGAGGAAGAGAGGAGCGUUACCAGUGACACUAACCACAGCUUACCCCUGCCACAACUGCCCCUGCCACCAAAGACAGAAGGCCACGACGCCCCUGUUCCAUUCACGUCUGUUCCUAGUAUGGUGACCCAGCCAGUCCUGGGCAGUGUCGGCGCAGGCAUCCAGACGGGCACGAGUUCUUGCCAGCCACACAAAGUUCAAAGCAAUGGAGACUUCAGUAAGAACAACUUCUUCACCCCCGACGGCGCCAUGGACAUUACAACCGGGACCAAUUCCUGUUUGAGCAAUAGUGAACACUCCAAAGAUCCGGGCUUUGGGCAGGUGGAUGAGCUCCAGCUGGAGGACCUGGGGGACGAUGAUUUGCAGUUCGAGGACCCAGCUGAAGAGAUUGGGACAGCUGAGGAGGUGAUCGAGCUGAGCGACGACAGCGAGGACGAACUGGCGUUUGCUGAGAGCGACAACCGGGAGAAUAAGGCCAUGCCCUGCCAGGUAUGCAAGAAAGUCUUAGAGCCCAACAUUCAGCUGAUACGGCAGCACGCUCGGGACCACGUGGACCUGCUCACAGGCAACUGCAAGGUCUGUGAGACGCACUUCCAGGACCGAAACUCGCGGGUGACCCAUGUCCUGUCCCACAUUGGUAUCUUCCUGUUUUCCUGUGACAUGUGUGAGACAAAGUUCUUUACCCAGUGGCAGCUCGCCCUGCAUCGACGGGAUGGGAUAUUUGAGAACAACAUCAUUGUCCACCCUCACGAGCCACUCUCUGGGAAACUGGGUCUCUUCUCAGGGGCAGCCUCCCCUGAGUUGAAGUGUGCUGUUUGUGGGAAAGCAUUGGCCAAAGAUUUCCAUGUGGUCCGAGGCCACAUCCUUGACCAUCUGAACUUGAAGGGCCAGGCCUGCAGCAUCUGUGACCAGCGCCACCUCAACCUGUGCAGCCUCAUGUGGCACACGCUCUCUCAUCUGGGCAUCUCCGUCUUCUCCUGCUCAGUCUGUGCCAGUAGCUUUGUGGACUGUUACCUUCUAGAGAGGCACCUGGCCGUGCACCAGAGCCUGGAGGACACCCUGUUCCGCUGCCACUUAUGCAGCCAGAGCUUCAGGUCUGAGGCUGCCUACCGCUACCACGUGAGCCAGCACAAAUGCAGCAGUGGCCUGGAUUCACGGCCCGGCCUGGGGCUCCAACAGCUAGCCCUCCAGAAGCGGAAGCUGCCGGCGGAGGAGUUCCUGAGUGAGGAGCUGGCUUUGCAGGGCCAACCUGGGAACAGCAAGUAUAGCUGCAAGGUCUGUGGCAAAAGGUUUGCCCACACAAGUGAGUUCAACUACCACCGGCGGAUCCACACCGGUGAGAAGCCUUACCAGUGUAAGGUAUGCCACAAGUUCUUCCGAGGUCGCUCAACCAUCAAGUGCCACCUCAAGACGCACUCGGGGGCACUCAUGUACCGCUGUACGGUCUGUGGCCACUACAGCUCCACCCUGAACCUCAUGAGCAAACAUGUCGGUGUGCACAAAGGCAGCCUUCCCCCCGACUUCACCAUCGAGCAGACCUUCAUGUACAUUAUCCAUUCCAAAGAGACCGAAAAGAACCCGGACAGCUGACGGGAGCUCCCAGGUGCAGCCGGGAUGGUGAUUUUUCUAAAGGCCGCUGGUCCUUCCCCAGCUGAUGCUACAGUCUUGCCUUGCUAGGAGUUCUGUUCUGUGUUGUGUUGAGAGAAGAAAUAGCACAUAAAGCUGUUACUGUUUUUGAGAGGCAACGGCCCUGUUACAUUCACCUCCAUGCCUACUUGCAUUCUUCAUUCUGAGGCUGGUUUUUUAGGAUCUAGUCAAGUAGCCCUGUCAACCAGGUCCCCGUGGGUGGUUUCUCUAGUUUUAGUUUACUGAUAGUUUUUAUGCUGCUAAGAAUCCGACCAAGAGCCUGGCUGGAUAGUAGAGGCGGAGAGAGGUUUUUACUGUGGGCGCGACCGUCCGACCUCUGGCGGGACAACAGCUAUGAGAAGGCUUGGGGAAUGUGGUUGUGCAGAAGGGAUUGGCAGCAGGGCAGGUCAUCUGGGGGGUCCCACGCCCUCCUUAGCAGGGACAAGGUGUCAGGAGACGAGGGCAGCUCGGAUCUCCUGAUUGGACAGUGAAAAUCUCUUGGCAGCUAGAUCCAAACUGAGGGCCAGUCUUUCUGUCUAGGUUGGAAAGCUUUGGAUGUCCCAUGGUGUGGCCCGAUGGGGAGCCUGGAUGGAUGGAAGAAGAGACUCCUCUUUCUCCUCAUUUCCAAAGAAACAUAUUUUUUUUUUUUUUUUUUAAAGAGUAUUUCCCUGGAUGUCAAGCCUUCUGUCAUGAGCAGAGAGGACAGACAGUCAUCUGACACCUGGCCACCUCCUUAACCUUGUGUGGUCUCCUGGGCAGGAAGAGACCCCCUCAGACAGCAGCAAUCUUGCCUUAAUUCACAUCGAGUCUCCCACUCAGGAUGGUUCGACCCACAGCAUGGAUGAGAAGACCCUGCUAGGUGGUGGGUUUUGAGCCCACUGAGACGAAAGGAGUGCGAGUGACUGAUGAUACUUAGCUCUGUGUGUGCUCUCUGACUGUCCCACUCUGGUCCUUGUUUACUUGGUGGAAACAGUCUGGGAGCUGGGACUGCAUCGCCUCCAGGUGGCGCUCUUGGGUGGUAGCUGGCUUAGGCCUUCCAAAUGUGGCUGUUGGGCUCCUUUUCUUAGUCUUUGAAGGGGCCUUGUCCAACAUCGGCUGGAGGAGAGGACCCUUGAUCUUGCAUACUUAGAAGAUGGCACUUCAGUAGCUCCUACUACCUCACCCUGCUCAGGUGAGCUCUGAGAGUCCCUAAUUUUGGGCCCAGCCACUGACGCUGCCCCCUGGUGGGACUCAGCAGCACCCUGGGCUGUCCAUAAGCAAGUGUUUUUAUUAACUCACAAAGCCUUUUUAGACAUUAGUAUUUAUUUGUUGUUGUUUUGUUUUGUAUACAUAUUACCCAGUAUCUCUUCUCAGUAAGUGACUUUAGGAAAACUAGUUUCUCUCAAGCAAGGAACUAUAUUCCACCAGAUGGAUGUGCUGUGGAUUUGGAACAUAGAGUGUAAACUAUGAGAGAAUGUCCCAGGCAUUUUAAAGAGCACAUUUUCGUUUUUCCAGGUGUUUUUUCUAGCAGAAAAAAUCUAGAUCAAGUCACAUGAAGAAGGUUUCUGCACGGUUUUUUAUCCUUCCAUCUUAGGGAGCCUCCUGUCCAUAUAUGUUAAGACACAGAGGCAAACCAAAGCUGUAUCCUUGUUGGGCCAGCUGCCUCUUUCCCUAGCCUUGAACUGAGAAAGCCUGUGCGUUAAUGCUCAGGGCAUCCUAGUGGGCUCCAAUGAUAAGGAUGAGACAGCGGCCAGUCAAAGGCUGCCUUUCACUAUCUAAACUUGUGACAGUUUUGUCAGGAAACCAUUGCUGUGAUGUGUAGCAAGCUACAAUUAUGUAUCUGCUGCGCUUUCCAAGACUGCUGGUGAGGACUGAGUAUGGACGGCUGAUCUGGAAGGGGCGGCAUUUACCAGCCCUCAGCCAGGCUGCUGAGAGUGUGUUGAGAAACCCUUUUUCUAGUGUAUGGCAUCGUAGAUGCUGGGCGGUCUGUCUACUUAACCUGAAACUGUGAAGUUUUCCCUUUUUGCCAUAAACCAAAAAGUUUGAAGUUUUGCCCUUUGAACACUAAAAACCGUACCCUCUGAUCCUUCGAGGCUAGUUGAUCAGGGAGGUCCAUCGGUCCCAGUCAGACAUGUAGCACGUGGAGCAGAGGCUCAUGGUCCAGACCACGCUUCGGUGGGUAGCCCCACACUCUGACCUGUCUCCCUUUCUGUGGGAAGUUGUGUUUGCUUUCUCCGGAGCUAGUUCAUCUUCAUCCUUCUCUUGAAUUGAUUUACUUGAAACAUUACAUGGUAGUGACGUGUACUUAAGGCUACCAGGUGGAAGGUGAUAACUCUUAUUUUGCAUUUUUAGUUUUUAACUUAACUAUCUGAUUCCGCUUUCUCCUCCCUUUUGGAUUCCUGUUUAGCCCUAGCCCCUGCUGUCUCUUUGACCCUUGAAUGUUCCAUCUUGGCCUGUUCCCCGACUCCCCCUUUUUGAUCUGUACACAGUUUUCAGCAGUCAUUAGGGAUGUCUAAAGCCAAGCUCGGACAUUCCUAGCUUGUUUCCUAAGGGAAAUUGUAAUGCUGGCGUGGCAUGUUGGCAUACACUACACGGCAUGAACUGCUUAUGGCCAGAGGACAGGAUGUGUCCUUGCGUACCAGUGACCCCUGAUGGCUCAGUGGUGCCGCACACGGGCUGGGAGCUCUGCCUAGUGAACCCAGUACCCGGUUCUGAGUUUUGAGGUUCUGCGGAGCCCUGCAGUUCACCUUAGUCAGGAAGAAAUGAGGUGGAAUUC